AUAUUAUUUCAGAGCAGGUACAUGAACUAAGGUGUAGAUAUACAACUUAUUCUAAUAUACCAGAAUUGAAUUUAGAAAAUGAAGUGCCAAAGAAGGCCAAAGUCAGUAGGGCAAUGCGAGCAUAUCUUGAAAGAGCACAGAAGCAUGAUGAAUUUUUAAAAGAGCAAUUGCUUCAGUAUAACAUUGGGAAGAGACACCUAGCAAACAUGAUGGGUGAGGAUCCUGAGACCUUCAUGCAGGAAGAUAUCGAUAGAGCCAUUGAGUACCUGUUUCCAUCGGGCCUUUUUGAACCAAAAGCUCGUCCAUUAAUGAAACCACCAGACGAGGUGUUUCCUCCAAGAAAAGCUGCUGAAUUUGAUGAGAGUGGUCGGCCUCAUCACUUUCUGUUUUAUACUGGGAGGCCUAAUUUAUAUCAGCUGUUACAUGACCUUGUCAGUCACACGAAUUCAUUAAAUGAUUUUGAAGAUAAAAUGAUCAAGAAACACUUGAUACCAGAUGCUACCCAGGCAAUGAGCACUUCAGGAUCAGUGUGGUUACCGAAGAGUCAAUUUGAGAUCAUCCUUGUAGAGAAACUAAGUGACAGAGAGUAUUCCAAUCUCAUCUAUGUUAUGGAACGACUAAUUCAGCAUCCUUACUCUUACCGGCUUAAAGAUUUCAUUGAGAAAUUCAGGAAACCAAUACUGAGCCAAAGUACUGCUUACGAUAUUCCCAAGCCACAAUACAGUGCUGAUGGAAGAGCUUAUGUGACAAUAAAAGAGUGUUUGAGGAAAUCUGCUCGUGGUGAAGUUACAGUCAGAUCACCAGGAACUGGCCUAAUCACCAUCAAUAACAAGUCCAUUGAGUAUUUUGAACACAUUCAAGACAGAGAGCAGCUGUUAUUUCCUCUCAUCUUUACAAACAUGAUUGGUUCUGUGGAUGUGGAGGCAACUGUGGCUGGUGGAGGGCCUUCGGGACAGUCUGGAGCUAUCAGAUGGGGGAUAGCUCAUGGACUUCGCAGCUUUGUAACGCAGGACAUGGUUGAGAAAAUGAGAAUUGCUGGGCUUUUACAGCGUGACUAUAGGAAGCACGAGCGGAAGAAGCCGGGUCAAGCUGGUGCCAGGAAGAAAUACACUUGGAAAAAGCGCUGAACAUUCCAGGACUUCUUAAUAUUGGUUUGUUAGUGAUAAAUAUUGUUAAUCUCAAUAAAAUCGUUUAAUAACACAAUUGUUUAUAUAUAUUUAUGGAGCAUCUCAAGCCCUGUUUUACAAUUGGAAUGUUCAGUAUGAUGGAGCAGGAGCAUGCUGCGUGGCAUUUCGGUUUGCAGAGUUCAUGAAUUUCAUUUGACUCUCAGAACAAACAGGAAUAAUUUCCUAAACUCAUCUUUAUAACAGAGAUGUUACAUUUCUUCAACAUAAAAUUCUUAUUUUAUCUCAGUUUUAUAUAAAGUGAACACUUAAUAAGGAAUCUAUCCAUCCACUGAAACUUAACCUAAAUUUCUGAAGUGGUGUUUCCUAUGUACCAGAUGGGAUGAUACUGUGUUGUAGUGAUCAGCUUGGAAACAAAGCUUUGUAUAUAAAGAAGCAGACUGCACCACUUGAAGGUAAGAUUGACACCCCAUCAAUGACACCUUAAAACUUUGUGUUCCCAAAGGUACAAAUGUAUAAGUACUGCAUCUAGAAAGCUAUGUUGAAUUAUGUUGUAUGAUGCUGCU